CCCGACCUCCCGACCCCACGCGCCCCGCGGAAGUCCGUGGGGCGCGAGCCCAGCGGCCCCAACAAGUAACAACCCAGCCGGACGGGCUUAGAGAUCCUCCCGGCCGCCAGCUCCUCCGCGCGGCCCCGGUGCUAGGAGCGGCCCAGGGCGGCUGGAGAGCCUGGGAGAAGAGAGCGGCGUAGCGCCGCCAGCACUUUUAGGUUUUGUGUUGCUCACAUAAGAACCUUCAGAAUGAGCAGUCGACGGAAGCGUGCCCCUCCAGUCAGGGUGGAUGAGGACAAGCAGCAACAACUCCGUUGGAAUAUGCACGAAGACCGAAAAAAGGACGUGAUUAUCCUUGAUGAUGAUUAUGAUGAUGAUGAUGAAGAACCUAUCCCAGGCCCAAGUUCCUCAUCUAUUCCUUUAAUUGUUAUAGAAGAUGAUAGUCCAGAGGAGGAAGAAGAGCACAAGACCAAAAGAAGAUGUUUGAAGUCAGUGACUUCAUUAACAGAUGAAGAGGAAACUGCCUGUAUUUUGCCAUCUUUAUUUGUAAAAUUAAAUAUUGUCAUUUCCCCUUAUCACCUAACUAAUUCUUGGAAAGCAUUUUUAGGUGAGCUAACUCUACAGCUUCUUUCUGAGGAGAUUUUAAUUGAAAGUUUUCAUGAAAGAAAGUUUACUUUAAUGACAGCAGAUUCAAGUGAUCAGUUGCAGAUCUCUGUUCAUCCAAAGUCUAAAGAGGUGGAAAACCAACAAGAAGGACUUGAAGAGCCUGACACUGUUUCCGAAAAGAGUGUUUUGGUGGAAUCAUCCUUCAGUAAUGAAAUGUUAGAAGAUCUGAGGUGGCUGCAAAAGAAGAGAAUAAUAGAACUUUAUCACAGACCUGAAGGGAUUCAAACCAUCAAGGUUGCAAUAUAUCUCUUGGAAGCUGGCUUAGCCAAGCCUGAUUUUCUCAGUGAUGGAAGUGGAAGAAUGAAAAAGGCCAAUCAGCUGAUCCAGAAACUAAUGGAAAAGUUUUACAACUUUAUAAUUCCAGAUAUUUUGGAGGAGGAUGAAGAAGAGUCUGAUAGUGAACUGGAGAGACAGAACAUUGAGGAAUUAUAUGACUUUGUAAGACAUACACACCAGCAAGAAGCUCAGUCCCUGCAAGAAGAUGUCCAGCAUCCUGCGCUGAUUCCUGUACUGAGGCCAUACCAAAGUGAAGCUGUUAACUGGAUGCUGCUACGAGAAAAUUUUAGAAACUCUCCUGCCAGUGAAAAUACCUUACAUUUCUUAUGGAGAGAGGUCAUUACAACAGAAGGGAUGAAAUUUUACUAUAAUCCAUUUACAGGCUGCAUCAUCCGUGAAUACCCAAAUGCUGGGCCACAGUGGCCUGGUGGCAUCUUAGCAGAUGAGAUGGGUCUGGGGAAGACAGUGGAGGUUCUGGCUCUGAUUCUUUCACACACUCGACAGGAUGUCAAACAGGAUAUUCUAACACUGCCUGAGGGAAAACUGGUAAAUUACUUCAUACCUCCACAACCUGCCGAAGGAAGCAAAAAGAAGAAACUUAAGAUGAUGGAGUUUCAAUCUAAGGAAAAAGUACAGUACCCCAGUUUGCGUGUGAUGAUACUAGCAGCUGUGAAAGAAAUGAAUGUGAAGAAGGGAGCUUCCAUCAUUGCCAUCUUCAAGUAUGUCAGCACCAUAUACAGGUAUGAUGUACAGAGGAAUCGGCGGCUUCUGAAGAAAAAUUUGGAAAAAUUAAUUGCAGAACAGGUUGUGGAACAAGUCAAAGGUCAUGGCUUGGCUGGAUCUUUUAAACUGGGAAAGAAUUACAAAGAACAGAAGACAUGUGACAGAACUAAAAAACAGGCAACAAAGAGUCCUAGAAAGAGUCAGAAUAAACUUUCUGAUGAAGAAAAACAUCAAUCAGAGAGCAAUGACACAGUUUCUGAAAAUAAGGGAGAAAAAUCCCUAUCAUUAGACAUCGCUGAGGAUGAGCAUAAUUAUUGUGAGGUCAAUAGAUACCAUGGCAGACUGAGGAAAAAACUUGACCAAGACUCGAAUGAAAAACUUCAGUCUGAAGCUGAAGUGUUAAAUGCUGCUGAUUUGCAAAGACACUGCCUGUCGUCCAGUGAUCACCCAAGUACUCCUGCUACUGUCUCUAAAAGUACACCAAAUUCUGAAGAAGACAACAUGAAGGACCAGGUAUCUGAUUCUCAAGACCAUGCUGGUUGUGAAAAACUACAUGCUAAUUCUAUAAGUCCCUUCAAUACUUCUGAGUAUCGCUUUGAGUGUAUUUGUGGUGAACUUGGCCUGGUAGACUGUAAAGCCCGUGUUCAGUGUCUGAAAUGCCACCUGUGGCAACAUGCAGAAUGUGUGAACUACAAAGAAGAAAACUUGAAAAUUAAGCCUUUUUACUGCCCCCAUUGCCUAGUUGCAAUGAAACCAGUUUCCACAGGAGCAACUUUGAUCAUCUCUCCAAGCUCUAUCUGUCACCAGUGGGUGGAUGAAAUCAACAGACAUGUGAGAUCAUCUUCUCUUCAGGUCUUGGUGUAUCAAGGAGUGAAGAAACAUGGCUUCUUACAGCCUCAUAUGUUGGCAGAGCAGGAUGUAGUUAUCACCACCUAUGACGUCCUUCGGUCAGAAUUGAAUUAUGUAGAUAUCCCCCACAGCAACAGUGAGGAUGGGCGUCGCUUCCGGAAUCAGAAGCGCUAUAUGGCCAUACCGAGUCCCCUGGUGGCAGUGGAGUGGUGGAGGAUCUGUCUAGAUGAAGCUCAGAUGGUUGAGUGUACCACAGCAAAGGCUGCUGAAAUGGCUCUGCGCUUGAGUGGAAUCAAUCGCUGGUGUGUCAGUGGCACUCCAGUACAGAGAGGAUUAGAAGAUCUCUAUGGGUUAGUGCUAUUCCUUGGUGUUGAUCCAUAUUGGGUCAAACACUGGUGGGAUCAACUUCUGUAUCGUCCUUACUGCAGGAAAAAUCCUCAACCCCUUUACGACCUUAUUGCCAAGAUAAUGUGGAGGUCUGCAAAGAAGGAUGUAAUUGACCAAAUCCAGAUUCCCCCCCAGACGGAAGAUAUUCACUGGCUCCACUUUUCUCCAGUGGAAAGACAUUUCUAUCACCGUCAGCAUGAGGUGUGUUGCCAGGAUGCCCUGGCAAAGCUUAGAAAGAUAUCUGAUUGGGCUCUGAAACUUAGCAGCCUGGACAGGAGGACUGUCACGUCUAUUCUCUACCCGCUGUUGAGACUCAGACAAGCUUGCUGCCACCCACAGGCUGUUCGAGGAGAAUUCUUGCCACUGCAAAAAAGUACCAUGACCAUGGAAGAGUUGCUGACUUCACUGCAAAAGAAAUGUCGAACUGAAUGUGAAGAAGCACAUCGGCAACUGGUUUGUGCUCUUAAUGGCCUAGCUGGCAUCCAUAUCAUUAAAGAUGAGUAUGCCCAAGCAGUGGACCUGUACAGAGAAGUAUUACGUUCAUCUGAGGAACACAAAGACAAACUCAAAACUGACUCAUUACAAAGACUUCAUUCUACUCACAAUCUGAUGGAAUUAUUACAAGCCAAACACUCAGGAAUACCUCCUACCUUGAGAGAUGGCAAACUUAAGGAAGAGGCCCAGCAACUUAGACAGCAUUACAUGAGUAAAUCCAAUGCAGAGGUUGCAGAAGCCCAUCAAGCUUUACAGCCAGUUUUGCAGAACAUCCGGGAGCUUCAGAAGAAGAUUCAUUCAGGCUCACCUUGGUGGCUAGAUGUGAUCCAAUCAGCAAUUCAAUAUGCUAUUGAUGAGGAACUUGUUCAGCGUGUGCAGAAUGAAAUAACCAGCAACUACAAGCAACAAACUAGUAAACUUUCCAUGGCAGAGAAGUUCCGGGACUGCAGAGGUCUUCAGUACUUACUCACAACACAAAUGGAAGAGCUGAAGAAAUUCCAAAAACUUGUGAGAGAGGCUGUGAAGAACCUGGAGGGACCUCCAUCCCGUGAUGUCAUUGAAGCUGCCACAAUCUGCCACCUUCGACCUGUCAGACUGCCCCUCAACAACUGUGUCUUUUGUAAAGCUGAUGAAUUGUUCACAGAGUAUGAGUCGAAGCUGUUUUCUCACACGGUGAAAGGCCAAACUGCAAUUUUUGAGGAGAUGAUAGAAGAUGAAGAAGGCCUGGUGGAUGAUCGGCUACCUACCACGAGCCGAGGACUGUGGGCGACAAGUGAGACAGAGCGCUCUUUGAAAGCAAUCCUGUCUUUUGCCAAAGCACACCGACUAGACCUCAGACUCAUUGAAGAAGGGAAUACUUCAAUGGAACUCUUUGAAGCGUGGAAGAAGGAAUACAAGUUGCUUCAUGAAUAUUGGAUGGUUCUGAGAGACCACGUGUCUGCUAUUGAUGAACUUGCAAUGGCUACAGAACGCCUAAGAGUGCGGCACCCUGAUGAACCAAAGCCCAAUCCCCCUGUUCUUCACAUAAUUGAACCUCAUGAAGUGGAACAAAAUCGAGUAAAGCUAUUGAAUGACAAGGCAGUUGCCAAAUCCCAGCUUCAGAAGAAACUUGGCCAGCUUCUCUACCUUACUAAUUUGGAAAAGUCUCAAGAUAAGACCACUGGAGGAAUAAAUCCAGAACCUUGUCCAAUCUGUGCUCGGCAACUGGGGAAACAGUGGGCAGUACUGACCUGCGGGCACUGUUUUUGUAAUGAAUGCGUUGCCAUUAUCAUCGAGCAGUACAGCGUGGGCACCCGCCGAAGCUCAAUUAAGUGUGCCAUCUGCCGACAGACAACUUCACAUAAAGAAAUCUCUUAUGUCUUCACUGCAGAGACUGCAAACCAGGAAGAGGAUAUUCCUGUGAAGGGUAGCCAUUCUACAAAAGUAGAAGCUGUGGUCCGAACUCUAAAGAGAAUCCAGUUUAAAAACCCAGGUGCCAAAUCACUCGUCUUCUCAACGUGGCAAGAUGUGCUAGACAUUAUUUCAAAAGCUCUGUAUGAUAACAACAUGGUGUUUGCACAAAUCAAUGGAAUUCACAGAUUUCAGGAAAACCUCUCAGCAUUUAAAUAUGAUCCCAAGAUCAAUAUUUUGCUGCUACCCCUGCACACAGGUUCCAAUGGUUUAAAUAUCAUUGAAGCAACUCAUGUUCUCCUAGUGGAACCUAUAUUGAAUCCUGCACAUGAGCUUCAGGCUAUUGGAAGAGUACACCGAAUUGGACAAACAAAGCCUACCAUUGUUCACAGAUUCCUUAUUAAAGCGACUAUUGAAGAAAGAAUGCAGGCAAUGUUGAAAACGGCUGAGAGGAGCCAUACUAGCUCAUCAUUGAAGCAGUCAGAGGCUUCAGUCUUGACAGUGGCUGAUCUUGCGGACCUAUUUUCUGAAGAAACCGAAGACCUUGAAUGAAUCAUACUUACCAUACGUUUGAACUCAGAAACCUUCAUGUAUUCACAGUCUUUAAAAAUAGAUUUUAGUGCAAGUCACAAGUCAUAUAUUCCAGUAGAUGUCACCCAACCCUAUUCUUAUGAUAGAUAAAUGCUUCUUUUGGGGGAUUUACAUCAUUUUCUUGUGGUUGGUGAAUCCUUUUCAAAUCCAAACGAAACAUAAAGUCCUCUAGUGCUACACAUAAAAUUCCAUUUUGGUCCCAAAGAAUACCAGUAUAUAAUUUUGAAGGGGGGGGCAACACUGUGCUUUCCUUUUCAUUCUGAUUAGUUAGAAUUAAGGGGAAAGCUACAAAACUAGUGAGCAAACUAAUUUUUCUAGUUUUAAAUUGCCCUAGAAUUGAGUCAACAUAAAUUCUUUUAUGGCAAGAAGAGAUUCUAGUAUCUAUUAUGUUACUCACCAGUCUUCCUCUUAGUAAUAUUUUAAGUAAGUGGUAAAUUAUCCUACUAGUAUUUAAGUGAAUUUAAAAUAUAACAUAUAGAAAUUGCACAGUAAUUUCAUAUGAACAGAACCCUUCGCAAGAAGUUGCUCAUGUUGAGUUUUUCCUUUUAUAUAUAUAUAUAUAUAUAUAUAUAUAUAUAUAUCUUCUUCUUAAAAAUCAAAACACUGAAAUCCAAGUAUUUUACACAUUUUUACAACCCCUUAAAUAAGCCAUGUUGUUUAUUCUGACUUAUAAGAAUUUAACUUCUUAUAAAAUAAAAAAAUACUUAGCUAAAUUUUGCUUCAUGAGCAUGAGCAGUUCUGUUUUAAGUCUUAAAAAUGUAUUUAUUGUUUACUUUGAAUGUUAUAAAACUCUUUCUAGUUCAGAUUUUUUCUAAUGUUAAGGGUUUUUUUAAUAUUGAUGUAGUUAUGUAAAUAUUACUAAUUAUAACUUUUUAUGUUUUGUAGUUGAUGUGAUUGUAACCUGAUAAUGUGGGGGGAGGGGUUAAACUGUACUUAUGUAAUAUGUGGUGGUGGUGUUGUUGCCCCUUCUGCAUGAUGGGACUGUGCUUUCUAAUCCACUAAAUGUAUUUUAAUCUAUUACAAUUGCUGUUUUCUCCAAAUGAGACCCUUCCCCGUCCCAAAAAAAAAUUAAGACUGGUUUCUUCUGGUUUGGAACAAUAGAGUAUCAUGUUCAAUAAGCAAAUAAUCAAAAUAUGAUAUUUCUUCUGUGAAGAAUGACCUGGACAAGGGAGUUGAGUGCCUGCUUCCUAGUCAUUUGGCACAAUCAAAAUAUUCAAGUUUUCAUUGUUUUGUUCAAGCUGUCAGACUUGUCUGUAAUCCACUGGCAUCAUAGUGUCUCAUUCCCUUUUACAUUUAGCUUCUCAGAAAACUAGAGGUAGAGACACUGUUAGAGCAAGCAGCAUAUCUGAUCAGAGGCUCAGGUGUUUGCUUGUCAUUCUGGAUUAAUAAACAACCCCAUUUGGCUCAACUGAAGAAAAUCCAUUUAAGCAGUCUUGGUGCCUGUUCAGUUGAAGUAAAAUAUGCAUGGGCUCUCUUAGCAGGGAUCAGAACAUGUCCAUCAAGGGCAUGAAAUCCAAUGGAUGUAAUUUAAUUAUAAGCAUGUUUAGGGUCUUUCAGUAUUCUCUCCAGAACUAAGUUUUUAGAGACAUUAUCUGGUAUGCUUGAAUUUUAGAGAAAACAAAUUGCUCCUCCUUAUAUAUGUAAGAAAUCAAAGGUGAAACAAAGAUAUUUUGGUAGAGAUAGAAAUAAUGGGAAAUUUUUAAUAUUCUGAGUUAUGGAACUCACAUUCAGUCUCCUAAAGCUCUUAUAUACCCCAACCAAAGGUACUAGGAUGAGUUCUCUCCUUCAGCAUAGUUUUUAGAAUAAAGUCCUACUAAGUGUAUCAGUUCUUUCAUAUAUUUCAUAUAUUUUUGCUUAUUCUAGAUAAAAAUCCCUCUUCUGAGGCUUCCAGACUAUCUCUGCAAACUGCUUUCCCUCAACCCACCCCCUUUUGGGGUUUAUAUGUUAUAUGUUUAUACAUAGCUCUUAUGUCAUAAAUAUAUACUCUGGGAAUGAACCAGUAAAGGAAAAUUAGGUCAACUUAUUCAGUCUUUUACAGAAAUUAAAUUUGUUUCAGUUAGUGUCAGUAGUACUGUCAGACUUACUGGAAUGAAAAAAUCCAAAUUAGAAGCAAAUGAAGAUUUUUAGAUAUAUAAUAAGCCUAUUUUGCUUAACUCAGAAGCAUCUUCUUACUAUAGGACCAUUAAAGUUCCAACUUUUCAUCUGAGUGCAACAGGAAAAUCUGUGUAUUUAGUUGUAGAGCAUUUGUGAAAGCAUUUCCUUGCUUUCACAUUGUAUUAAUAGUGCCAGAUCAACACCUAAUGCCAGUGACUUAGAUUCGAGAUAUAUAGAAUCACAGAAGCUUAAAGCUCCCAGUGUUUAUCAAAAUAUGUAAUGCCUUAUUUAGUAUUCCAAAGAUGCAGUGCUAUCAAGCCAAGUGAUCUCCUUUUCUCUGUUUUCAUGGACAAGAGAACAAUGUACAACAGCUUAUUAAAUCUCUUUUCUUUCCUUUCUCUCCGUGGGCUUCGGUGUGAUUAAGUCUCCUUUCUUCAUUAAUCUACAGGCUAAGCUUUCAAAAGCAAGAGACACCAGCUGUAUUUAGUAGCCAUAGGCUUACUUAAAUGCAAUAAAAAAUAGAAAUAAAAGAAAAGAGUCUUAGCCAAGUGAUAUGUGACAGUAACAACCUACAUCAAAACUUGAAAUUUAUUGACAUAAAAAUUGGAACCUCACCAAUACAGUAUAAAGAAUCCAGGAUAUUUUACCAAGAGACAUGGGUUGUUUUUUUUAUUAAAGCUAUAGCUUCAAAGUAUUUUCAGCUAUCACUUAAUAUUUAUAUUGUACCUUGGAUCCCAAAGAGUUUCUGAGCCCAUUUGUUUACCAGCAUAAUAUAAUCAUCAGUGGACUGUGUACAAUUCACAAAAGUUAUUUCUUUAUGACCCACUGAUAGGGGCAGGAAUCUUAACUCUGUUGGGGUUGGUAACUUGCAGUGAUAAUAAUCCCAAAAUAAGUCUGUAGGGAACUUGAAAUAUCCCAAGACAGGUAUCUGUAGCCAUUGCAAAUUAAAGGACAGAUGAGUAGCUAUCCAGAAAGUAGUAUACCAGUUGAAUCUUAGUCCAUGCUCCUGCCUUCUGAUAGUGCCUCACAAAGUUGAGACUAUUCUGUUAUUAGAGAACUUUGGAGGAAGAGAUUCUACAACUUCCCUUGGCAGCCUUUCCUAGGGUUUAACAGCAGUCACUGUCAGGAACUUCUUACAUUUAAUCCAGAUUUUUCAUGUUGCAGUGUUAAAAAACUUGUUUACCCUUGUUCAAUGGAAAUUUUGAGAGUGGUCAUCAUCUUCUGUAUAAUAGCCAUUCAUAUUCAUGAAAAUCAUUAUUAAGUUGUCCCUCUGCCUUUUCUUUCUCCAGUUCCUUUGCCCUUCUUUCAGAAAUACAUUCUCAAACCCCUCAAUCAUCUCUCUUUCCUAAAGCCUCCCUAAGUUCUCCACAUCAUUCUCAAGCUAUGGCACCUUAAAGAAAAGGGGGGGGAAUAUAGACCAAGGACACCGUCCUAAGACAUGGGAGUCUUUCCAGGUCUCUUAUUCUCAAGCCAGGCAGUUUUGAUUGCUGUUUAUUUUGCAGUCUGUAAGGUCUUCCUCUCGUUUCUACUUAUACUACAAAGAUCUAAUCCAGUUUUUCUUAUAAAUCUAGCUUCUUUUCAGUUGUAUCAAUCAUCCAAUUAAUAUAGCUCUACUAAUUUGAUAAAUUUAGAGCUGGAAGUAGCACUAGAGGUCAUCUGGUCCAAGCCCCUUAUUUUACAGAUGAGGAAGAAAGGUUAAGUGGCUUGUCUAGGAUCCCAAAAGUAUUAAGUAGCAGAGCUGGGAUAGGACAUGGGGUCAGAGACCUGAGAUUUUGUUUUAUUUUUCUCCUUCCAAGACCUCUAAACACCAUGCUUGGGUCCUUAUUUGGACUUCUUAAGUCCCUUCCCUGUGUCCUUUUCAUUGCUUUCUGUACUCAAAUCUUGCUUUCUAUACUUAACCUUUCUCCUUUAUUUCAGCCUGCCUACCUCCUACUUAACUCUUUUUCAGACCCUGCCUCAGAAAUUCCGUAGAUAGAGAGCUCUGUUACCUGUUUUAUUAUAACUUUGAAUAUUUUUUCCCUUAACUUGCAUAGAAGUGUCUUCCUUAGUAAAUGCAAAUGAGACUGUGUUUUUUAAAGGAAGUGUUUUGGUGUCUGAUCUAGCUUUAAUCUAUCAAAAUGUUUUUAACAUGAUUGAUCUAUUGAAUUAUUAAAAUGAAACAACCAUGUUUAAUCAUUUGAGUAAAACUGCCUGAGCAAUAUUUUCUACUCUAAAACAAAAUAAAAACCUUGCAAAUAAUCAAAUUACCAUUCAUAUUUUCAUCUCUUUUUAAUUCCAUGUUCAUAUUCUUUGUAUCACAGUGAUAGUUGCAAUAAAAUAUGGUAUGAAUAAAUCUCUUUUUUCUUAUCAGUGAGUUGUUAAUGACUCACUUUGACAGUGAAUUUAAUUUAUGCAGUGACAUUUUCAAGUUAUAUAUAAUUUUAUUUGUAUUCAUCCUUUAUGUAAAGAGAUUAAGCAGUUUCCUUCAUGGCUGGUUUUGUGCCCUUUGGGCUUUAUGAUAAAGGUCACUGAUAAGUUACCUCUUUAUUCUGUAUGUUGGAUAAGGUGCUAGAAAUGUGUUAAAAUAGAGUUACCCAAUCUCCAUUAUACAAAAAGGGACAUUUCUCAGGACUUACUUUUUAACUAUACAAUCUGCUCCCACUCGGCAAAAACUAAGCAGAUGGAGUUGGCAAAAUAUUUUCUAUCCUAGCUGGGAGGAAAUUGCUAUGUGCCAUGUAUUGGUUUGAUCAAAAAGGCAUUAACCUAUUGUAAAAAAGAAAAUAUCCAUACAGCAGCAGUGUGAGGUUUGACAAACUGUUAAAAUACUGAGCUCUAUUAAGUCUGCAAUCUUAGUUUUGUUUUUAGAAAGGGCAGAAGGUAUGGGGGUAGGAGUGGUUGCCUGGCGGUCUGAUUUUUAAAAUGAUACUCUCUUCCCUGCCAUAGUAGUAAAAUAGGUAAACUGGAAGGGCCUUUAUGUGAUGACUCUGUGACUUGUAGAAACUAAGACUUGUGUAAAAAUCCUCUGAAUGAAAACGCAGGAGAAUAACAGCAGCACCUUACACCAGUAUAAUGUCUAAUAGUCUUAAAGCGUGUCACAUUCUUGUAUUUGAUUCCAACAACAAAAAGGUGAAGUAGGUGCUCGUGUAUUAUUAUCUUCUAAGUUUUACAGAUGAGAAAACUGAGGCUGAAAGAAUAGAAAUAACUUGCCAAAGAUCACAUAGCUAAGAAGUGGUGGAACCCCAGGACUCAAGCAGUCCACAUUCCAGGAAAUUCUUGCUUCAUGGCCCCUUGCCCAACAAAAUGAACAUGUCAUAGCAUUACAGUGACAUUUUCCUCCACAAAAUCCUGUUCUAGUGGUUCGUCAUGGCAUUGUGAUAAUAACCAUUGGUUUCUUGAAAGUUAUACUAGAAUGGUGAAAACUCUGGUAGAAUCCACCUAGCUGGAAAAGCUUCAACUAUUGCCCCAGCAAUAGACUGCUUUCCAAGGUCCAGGCUGACUAAUUAUGGGACAGCUGCUCACCAAUAGGCUAGCCACUUGGCAAUAAUUUCUUUAGCCAUGGCAACCCAUGAAAAAGAAUAAUACAAACUAGCCCUCAGUUGUCUGUGGCCCCCUACUACUUCUAUAGUAAUGAUGUCAGGGAAACAAGGCAGAAGGUGCUAAGAAUCACAAUUUUUAUACUCUCUGUAAAUGAUAACUUAGCUAUUGGUGCUCUAUACAUACGUAAUGUGUAAAAUGUGUAAUCUUGUGCAGUGACCAAUGAAUGUACAUACUACUAAAGAAAAUGAAUUGUAUCACUACUUGACAUUGUCACCAUAAACAAAAUUAGAAAACAAA